GGACAGAACGGCCCGGGCUGGCGAUGGAGCUGUACCUCAGCGCCUGUUCUAAGGCUGCUAGCGUCGCUGCCACCAAAACGGCUACCAGUGGCCUGGCCUCGGAGAGCCAGCAAUGCGGAGACGGCGUGCACAAAACCCAGUUUCCAGGGGUCGGAGUGGGUCAACUACUGGAUCUGCCUCUUGGGGUCAAGUUGCCUAUGAUCCCAGGAAGCAACACUGUAUACUAUACUACGAAGUUAAGUGAAAAGCUUUUUCGACCUUCUUACGGUUUUAACCUGACUGAUCCUUACUGUCGACUUUUGGAAAACCAAUAUAAAAGUCUCCAUGAUCCACACUUAAGAGCAUACUAUAAGCGCAAAGAUAUCCUGAGAAGAUUAAAGAAGGGUGGCUAUAUCACCAGCAAUAAUAAAAUUGUAUGUACCUUGAGGGAAUUGAAUAAGUACAGGCAAUAUCUUACCACUUUGAAAUUAGACUUUGAAAGAAACUAUAUGAGAGAUCAAGAAAUGCUUGCAAAGCAAGUAAAUAAACUACAGGAAGAUAAUCAAACACCUGGACGCUCUGAUGUUGCACGGUUCCAAAAUUGGUUAUUACAGAAUGACACCCAAUCUAUUAAGGACCAAGAACGAUUAUUAAGGAACAGAUAUUUGGAUAUGAUAAGUAGGGAAUUAGAACAACUUGAGCGUACAGCAGAAGAGCAGCACCUGCUCCGGAUGGAUAGAGAAGAAAGACGACAGCGAGAAUACACAAGAAGAAAACUUAAUCUUCGUAGAAAAAUUGAAGAGGAAUGGAAGACAAAAGAGAUGCUACUUCUGAUGAAGAUUGGCGAAGAUGUUAAAAGAGAAGCUAGGAUAGAGGAACAACGGCGUCGAAGCAGAGAAGAGAGUGACAGGAAGAAACAAGCCCUUCUAGAAAAAAAAAUGGCUUAUCAUUUACAAAAAAUGCAAGAAAAUGGCUUUAAAAGAGAAGAGAUGGGAAACAACAAUACGUUUCAUUACAGAGAACAAGAAGGAACAUAUAAAGAAUCUUAUUCUCCAAAGAAGAAAAUGAAGACUUUUGAUAAUAUAAACUUAGUUUACCAAGUUGGUGAACAGAGACCAAAUAAAGGAGUAUAUGGAACUGCAGCAAAUGCUAUUUAUCAAUCUCUAAGUACCACAAAAAAUAUUGUCAAAAAAUCAACUUCAGUUGUACAGGUUAAUGGUACUGAACAAAAGAAAGAUGGAGUAACUAGAAAAUCAAAUACUUUUGAUGAUAAAGGAGCUGUAAAUAUCUCAGCUCAAAAUUCAAUUACUUCAGCUCAAACUUCACCCACAAGAUACUGUCCGAGAUCUUCACACUCUUACUUGGAUCCUCCAAAAGAUGAGAAGGAGAUAAACGCUGGUUUGAAUGAACGAUCAAACAAGAAAUCAAGCUACUUCUGUCAAUCAGGACCUCAGAUUCAUGCCACAGCCCGGGGUACUUUCCCUUCUCAUACUUUCACAAAUAUAGAACAGAACUGCAUACAAAAUUGCUUGCAAGAAAAAGUAACUUCUGAAGAACUGAAUAGUAUAAUUCAGAAUGUAAUGACGUGGGUUGUAGCUACAGUGACCAGUAUAUUAUACCCAGCCAUCACGAAGUAUGAAGAAAGGUUCCGGAAUAAAGCAUACCCAGGGUCUGUUGACUCCAUCCUCUCUUCAGAGAGUUCAAGUUUCUGUAGCACAUGCAGUGAAGAGUUUACAUACAGAAGCUACACAUCUGCUACUACUAAAACAUUUCAACGAGAGCCUUGUGCCUUUGAGUUUGACAUCUCAGUAAGGCGACCAACCACACCUUUAAAACCACCUUCUGCCCACGUCAAAAGAACAUUUGUGGGGAAAACAUACCAUAAGAAAGGGCCAUCUAUAACAUCGGAACUCAAAUUUGAUAAAACCAGUAUGGUAGAUGCAAAUCCUAAGCUUCGAACUUGUAAAUCGGAUAGCCACCUUUUGACAUCAUUUGAAACAGGCACAAAAAAGUCUAAGGAUGCUACCACUGAAACAGAUGGCUUAGAGAGUUCACUUGUUCCUGAUCAAAAAGAAAAAGCCAUGAAUGAAAUGAAGAAUUUGAAGAAUGUUUUCGUUAACUUUAAGUGUCACUUAAAAGGGGAAACCCAAUUGAUUUUAGAAAGCAUUUUUCAAGAAAUAAUGUCUGAUUUAACACAGGCCAUUCCUUCUAUUUCUUCUGUUACUGCUGAAGUUUUUGUUGACCAAAGUGAACCUGAAAAGGAAGACUUGCUUUACAAUGUCGAUAUCUGCUCAGCAGCCUCAGAGAUUGUGGAGAAUAUGCUUGAGAAGCUACAGUCAGCAGUUGAGAAAAAGUGCAUUGAGAUAUUUUCACAAGAAUAUAUACCAGUUGACAUUAAACCAGGCUUAACACCCGAUAGAGAAUACCUCAGUCCAUCAAAUGGAAAACCUUUAAAAGCUUCACUGCCUUGUAAUUUGGAACCCAUGUGUGACAUUGCAGAGGAUAUGGUACAUUCCAUUUUAGAAAAGCUGAUGACUCUUGCUUCAUGUAAGCAAAAUGAACUUCCUUAUCUUGAAGAUGGAGUUGAACUUCCCCAUCAGCAACCUGUGACAGACCCAACAUAUGUGUCACUCAAAAGAGCAGACAAAAAGAAAUGUAGUCCUGAACCUGAUGCUGCAAAUUCAGUUGUUAAAGAUGAAAUAAAAAAUUUAAUGUCAAAUAUUUUUUCCCAGUCCUCUUUGGUUGGCUAUAUAGAGGAAGCAGUCAGCACUAUACUAGGAUACAUACAAUCUGAACUUAAUGACGAGAGACUUAUUGCAUCUGAAGAAACAGUAAUAUUCCUUCAGCUUCUUGAUGAUAUUUUCACUCACCUACAUCAGGAUCCAGGAAAAGAUGAUGUUAAAAAAUGUAGACACCCUAGACUAAGAAAUCCUUCUGACACUGAAGAAAAGUACAGACUCACUGACACCAGAUUAUCUAAUGGUCCUAGGUCUAGAAGACCAUUUCCACCUGUUAAUGUUCCAGGCAUGGUUUUUUAUUCUGAAGAUGAUAAUGAAGAAAUAGACAGAAUUGUGAAAAAUGUGCUUGAUUCAUCUUUUAAAGAUGAAAAACCAAAAUCCUGGGAACGAAUUCCUGAGAAUUGGUUUAAAAAAGGGAACACGUGCUUUGAAUACAAAAGAAAUAGCAUACCACUUAAAGAAGCUUCUGCUCGAAGAAACAAAAUUGCAUUUUGUGAUGAGGGAUUAAAGAUUGGGCUACCAUCUUUUAAUAAUAAAGAAAUUUUAAAGGAAAAACCCUGUUUGAAUAGAGACAGCUUGAUUUUCAGCCAAGAUCAAAAGUAUCACAUACAAAAGGCUUCAGAAAACAUAGUUAGAAAUAUUUUAACAGAAAUGCUCAAGGACCUAUCUUCUGUUCCUCCUGGUCACUUAAACAGUAAAACUGGCAAAGCAGCUUCUUCUGUUCUUGUUUCAGAAAAAUCUCAAGGACUGUCACAUCAAGAAUGGAUGGACCAGGUGUUCUCCGUGUCAGAAAUUAGUGCAGUGGCUCAAGAAAUAACAGACGCUGUGUUAAAUAUACUCCAGAAGGCCUUAAGUUUCAUUCCCAAUACCAUUAGAGGUUCCAUUUCAUCAUCAGUUCAAACUUCUCUAGAUAGUUCUGAUACUCCUCCCAUGGUCAAAGAAGCACCAAAUAAAAAGCCAUUAAAAAUAUGGUUUGACAGUGAAAAGAAAGUGAAAUAUUUAUCUUCUUUCAGUGUAGAUCCUGAAAAGCCUUCUCUGUUAAAAUCUGAAAAAAGUGAACCUCAACCUAUAGAUGGCAUUGCUGAUAAGAUCAUUAAUACAAUUUUUAAAAGGCUGAAGUUAUUCAUUUGUCAGAAAUUGCAGAUGGUCUUCAAACCUUCAGUUGCUAAGCAAUCUUCAUUACGAUCUCAACUUAGUACUUAUACAACUAAAGUGGUAAACAUUGUUUUGCAUGCUAUCCAGACUGAACUAGAACUCAGUAAGAGAACUCUAAAUCGUAGGGAAAUAGACCAUACCAAAUCUCUUACAGGUAAAGGAUUUUUUGAUGACACUGAUAAAUUAGAAUCUCUUGUCUCAAAUCUCAGUGAUGACAUUAUGGGAUCUCCAUUAUUAACUUGUAUUUGUGAAAUCUUAUCAAGUGGACAUUCAGAUCAAAGCACUAUUUCACUCCCUUCAGAACAGCCAAAGCCUACAACUUCAUAUGUGUCUGACAAUGUUGAUAAACAAAACAUUUUGCCAAGUAGGCAGGAUAAAAGAUCUUUUCACAAAUAUUUGGCCACUCCAUGUGCUCUCCAUAGUGUUGUGAAUGGAAAAGAUCUCAAAGAAAAGGCCAGAUUGCAAGUGUUAGACAGUAUUGGAGAAAUACUCUAUGAAAUGUUUUGUAAUCUCAUAGGAGCCCAUUCUCACCAUCAGCCAUCUUGUGGUAGUAAGCAAGACAGAGAAGAGAAUGAAAAUCCUCAAAUGGCCACUUCAUUGCAGUCUAACAUUCAGCUGAUUUCCAAAGCAAUUUUGGAAUACAUCCUUGCAAAAUUAUGUAGUGUUAAUAUGGAUACCAGUUUUGCAAGUUCUGGAUUUAAAGCUGUCUCAGAGCCUCAGUCUCUUGAUAUCGACAGCCUAUCAUUUGCUUCAAUUAUUGAGGAAAUGGCCAAAUGUGCUGACAUGAUCUCCAGCAUAGUUUCCAGGAUAAUUCAGGAGGGUAAUAAAGAGGUGACAAAAAGCAAAGCAAAAACUAUUGCUUUGGUGACUUCCAAAACAGGGAGCACAAAAGAAAUACAAUCAAAUGAACUGAAAGCUGUAGCUACAGAUAUUCUUAAUAUGGUUUUUGCCAAACUGGAACGGUUUGCUAAUGGAAAUUUAGAAGAUCUGGGUUCUAUUAAUGAUGGAAAUGAAAAAAGCAAUAAAAUAGACUUGGGAUAUGAAAGUCCCAGUAUUUUCACAGACACAUAUGAAGAACUAUUGCAGUCUGCUUUAUACAUGAAUGCAAAAAAGAUAUCAAGUACUAUUUUGAAAGCUAUUCAAACAGAAUUAAAUACGAAUUCAUUAGAUUUGAAGACAAGUGCAAAUACCCCACCACCUGAGAAUCAAAUGCUUAAGAAGAUAGUUAAUUUAAUUUUAGAUGUAGUAUCCUCAGAUAUGUUUAAUGAAACUGAAUCUGAAGAGGGAGGCACUAAAACUUAUCAGUACAGGCCAACUUAUGGAAAUUUUCUUCCUGGAGGAGCUGAAUCAGAUUCAUUUCUAGAAAAUGCCUCACAUACAGAGAAGGAAUUUACUGGGGAGAGAACAUUACCAAGAGAAGAAACUAAAUCAGAUUCUCUUAAACAGUGGGUUCUAGAGAGAACCUUAAGCAAAAUUGAAGUGAAACUCAAAGAACCACAGAAAUCACCAGUCGUUCCCAUUAUAAGAAAUAUUUUGAAUGAAAUUUUUCAAAGUUCUUUGGUCAAUCAAUUAAACGUGCUUUCUCUCUCUCACUCUCAUUUAAGUGGCAUCCCUCACAACACUGAUGAGACAAUCCCUCAAACACCUGUUCAAUUUAUAGAUAAAAUAAUGGGUCCUUUAGUGUCUGAAGCAGAUGUAAUCAUAGUGGCAGAUGAUGUUGUUAGAACUGUAUUUCAUAAGCUUUAUGCAGCUGCCAUGCCAGAAAGAAACACAAGUGAAAAUAGGUAUAAAUCCAUCACCUUUAGAGCAAAUGUUUCUUUACAGGAACACACCCUUGGAGGAAAGUCUUCUGUCACUGUGCUAAAUAAGAACCCUUGUACUUCUAAGUCCAAAUUCAGUGUUGACAAACAGGCUAAAGUAAAUGUAGUUGAAGAUAUUGUACAGGCAAUAUUAACAAAUUUAGAAACUUUUGCUACUUCCAAAGUAAAAUCUCUCUUUUAUCCCAAAAUCAACUUCACAGUUCCAAUGGCUUUAUCUAUUCAGCAGGAUAAAAAUGCAUUAAGCAAUGCAUUAUCAGCCAAAGAUUUGUAUUCUGAAGAUCAGUCUUCCUCUUGCUCAGUGGAUCAUAUUACAUCAGAAAAAACCAACUCAAUGUGUCAACUGUCUUUGAAUAAAUUAAAUAUGUAUGCAACGGAAGUGGCUAAAAAAAUUUUACAAGGAAUCAAACAUGAGUUAGAUAAAGAAAGGGAAAAUAGUAGUUUCUUAACUCACAACAUUGUGGUUUCUGAAAAUAUUGCAAGUCAAAUUGUUAACACUGUGUUACAUAUUGUGUCCUCUAAACGAAAAUGUGACAAAAGCAAUUCUGAGAAAGAGAUUAAUUCAGAUCAACAAGAAGGUAUUAUUGAAAAGCUGUUUAAUAAGACUGAAUAUAGAAAAGUACUUCAGUUUCAAAUACAAGAUACCAUUGAAGGUAUCUUACAUGAUAUUUGUGAAAAAACACUGUAUCAAAAUAAUCUAUCUAGUGCUACAUCCACUCUGAAACGUAGCAUAGCUGGAAAACAUUCUGGAGCAACCUCUGAAAUAUUCACUGAGGAUGCAAAUAAGAUUAUCCCAAAACUUUCAGUUCCUAAAUCAGAUGUCAUUUUGAUAUCUAAUGAUAUAGUAGAUAUUGUUCUUCAUAAUGUCAGUUCUGCUGUCAUGCUGAGCAUAAAUGCAAAGAAUCUUACUUCUGCAAGAUUGCCCCUGACCAUUUGUGACAUAUUUUCAAAAGCAGAGUGUCAACAGCCUCUUCUAAUGGAGUCAAAAAGUGAAGAACAAACAGAGAAUUGGCCAUCCUCAAGAGAUCUGGAGUCAGCUUAUGUUGAUGAUUGUCAGAUAACAAUAGAGAAAAAAGAUGCCAAGAAAUCUGCUCCCGACCCAUGUGAGGAGAAUGCCAACUUCAUUACUAGAACUAUUUUCAAUAGGUUAGAAGCUUUUGCCACAGAAAGAAUAGAUUCAUUAAUUACUCUUGCUUUCCAGACUAAAGAAGAGUCAUCUGAUAGCCAGGAACUGGAAAAUUAUAUACAAGAUGAUAGCAUCUUUCAUGAAUCAAGCCAAGUAGAAUCAAAUGUGAAUGUCCUGAAAAUAUCCACUAAAACUAUCCUCAGCCAAGAACUCACAGAUUCCACUUUUGCAAGUUACAGAGAAAAUAUUAACUCCACAAUUCAUCUAUCACAAGCUACUCUUAAGGAAUAUGCUGAUAUCAUUGCAAGUGCCAUUUUGAAACUUAUUAAAAAUGACUUAGACUUAGAAAUCCAAAAGAUGUAUCCAUAUCCAAACAACAUUUUGUUCCAAGAAAACAUCAUUGUGAGUGGAAUCAUGAACAGUAUCUUAAAGAGUUUAUAUGAUAAAAGAUCUGCAAAGGAAAUUGAUGUUUACUCAAAAGAGAAUCCUAGAUUAUUUUCACAACUAACUGUAUCGAAUGAAAUAUUGCUAGGACAAAGAGAGCAGGAGAAAAAUAAACUAUCUCAGCUCUCAAAAUAUCCUUUAGAACAAAACCAAAUGGCAUUGGAACAAGAAAGCCAGAGAAUUGUUUUGGAAGAAAUAUUUAUGAGAAAUGGAAAAUCAAAACAAAAAGAAAAAAUUGCACUGCUCAGUGUGGUGGAAGAAGUUUUAACUAAAGUUCAUGAAAGAAUAAUGGAAAUCAUGGGCCAUUUGCUGCCAUUUAAUGAAAAACCCCACUGUGUAUCUAAUUCUAAGAUUAAAACGUCAGACAAAACACAAAAAAACUUUCAAUCACAGAUUAACAGCAUAGCAAAUGACAUAGUUCAACGUGUUUUGGGGAAAAUGUACUCUGUAGUUACAUCAUUAAAUGAGAGUAAUAAAAAAGAAACAUCUGACAACAAUGAUACCUUGUCUAAGAAAGCAGGAUGCAUCAAAGAAACUAAACAAGCAGGAAAAGGAAGAAAUCCCACCAGAUAUGUGAUACCACAAGUUUAUCCUUAUGCAGGCAGUCAAAAUGUCUCUCUGUUAGAAAACAAAUUUUUUCAAUAUUCACCACUGCAAGUGGGGAAGGAAUUAGUCCAAAUAGUUCUUAAUAAGAUCAUAAAAUUUGCCUCAACUCAUCUAGAAGAGACUUUUUCUAAAGUGGGCUCCAAGGCCAGCCCUAAACUAGAUUUUAAAACAAGUUUAAAAGCAAAAUCAAAAGUUACUCCUUUGCCUAAAUUUAAAACAAAAUCAUACCUAGGACCUAGCGGUGCUAAGGUCAAGAGCAAGACCAAGUUAGGUCCUAGAGAAAAGACUCCAAAAGAUAAUCAGUCCAAGGUCACCACUGGGCUGCCACACACCCUAUCAACAGGCGAUGCCCAAAACUUACUGGAAAUGAAAUUGCCCACUUCAGAACUAAAAAUGUAUGCCAAGGAUAUAGUAAGUAAUAUCCUGGAAACAAUUGUGAAAGAAUUUGAAAAGAUGAAGCAAGCUAGAGCAAUGUUAAAUGUUAAAGCUUUACCAUCUGAUCAAAUCAUGGCAGCAAAAAAAAUAGUUAAUACAGUUUUGCAAGGAUUAUAUGCUACAAGUAACCAGAAUUUGGCUUAUCCAAUUAAGCACUCCCAUGUGGAUGAUCUCAGACUUACACAGGGGAAUUCAGAUGCAGAGUAUCUCGCCAAAUCACAAGCAUGUUUUUACUUGGAAAAUGUUUCUUCACAGCUAGAACAGAUUUUUCCUAAAGAAGGUAUAUUUAAAAAAUUGUUUGACAAAUGGCAAACAGAAUCAAAUGAUAUGGAAAAUGAAAAGUAUACACUAAUGAAGAUAGCUGAAAAUGUUUUGACUGAAAUCCCAAUAAAAGCAAAAGAGUUAGAACAUUCUCUUUCAUUUUUAAAUUUGCCACAUCUGAAGGACUGUGAAAGCAGGUUCUAUAAUCAUUUUAAAGUAGCCUCUACUAGAGUUGAAGACACCAAAGCACAAAUUAAUAUGUUUGGAAGAGAAAUUAUUGAAAUGCUGUUUGAAAAAUUACAGCUGUGUUUUUUGCCAAUCAAGGACAUCCUCAGCAGUGUACCAAUAUCUAACACAAAGACAAUAGACCAAAUUUCUUUGGGCUCAAGCAACCAAGUUCGAGAAAUUGUAGAAAGGGUUUUAAACAUUUUAGAGUCAUUUGUAGACUUGCAAUUUAAAUAUAUCUCUAAAUAUGAGUUUUCUGAAAUAGUGAAAAUGCCUAUAGAAAACUUUUUUCCGGUCCAACAGAGACUAUUAAACAAAAAGAUGUUGCCAAAAUUAGAACCACUGAAAACGUUUUCUGAUGAACCCAAUUCAAAUUCUAGUAUUUCCAAGGAAGACAUACAGAAUACUCUUCUACAGAUUCACUCAUUCCAUUCAGAAUUAUUUACAUAUGCUGUUAAAAUUGUCAGUGGCAUGCUUGGUAUAAUUAAGAAUAAGCUAGAGAAAGAAAUAAGUCAAGUGGAACCAUCUUCAGUUAGCACAUUGAAAGAGACUGUUCUAGCAAGUGAGAUCAUCGGCACACUGAUGGACCAGUGCACCCAUAUCAAUAAGCUUCCAAAGGAAAGUUUGUUCCAUGGAGCAGAAAAUACCUAUAUUGUUAAUCAGGUUGAAUUGGCAACUAAUAUGAAAAUGCCCAUGUCAAAGUUAAAGGAAGUUAGUUUGGGGAAUAAUCCUUCACAAAACAGUGUACCUAGUUUUGUGUGUUAUUCAGAGGAAAAUAUGAAAAAAAAGCCUUCAUCAAACUUACUCUCUUAUGCCAAAGCUUCUGUAGAAGAUACAAUUAAAAGCUCAGAGCCAAUGGAAAGGCUUGAUUCAAAAAAUAAACCAUCAUGCUUUAUAAACACAGUACAAGACUACAGCCCCAGGGAAUCGAACUUUGGUCAUUUUGACCAAACCAUGAAAGGAAAUAAUUCUCUUCCUGAAGGCAGUGUGUUACAAAAACUGUGUAAGAAAGCAAAUGAAUCCACCGAAGCAGCGUUAAAGCAAGUCAUGUCAUUCAUAGAAAUAGGAAAAGGUAAAAAUCCAAGAGUAUUUCAUUAUGAAACUCUAAAACCAGUUGAGCCAAACCAAAUUCAGACAACUGUUUCUCCACUCAAAAUAUGUUUAGCUGCAGAAAACAUUGUCAACACUGUGCUAUCAAGCUAUGGUUUUCCAUGUCAACCACACAUUACUGAAAACAUGGAAACAAUGAAACCAUUUUUCAUAUCAAAGCAAAACUCUUUGUCUAUAUUAUCUGCACAAAAGAAUGAGGAGAAAAGGCUACGGAGAAUGUGGGAUAAUAAAACCAGCUGUAUACCUGAAGAAGAAAAUAAAAAACCUGAAGCCAGUAGAGGAGAUUUUUCUUUAUUGCAAAAAUGGGAAAGUAAAAUGUACCCAAAGAUAAAGACCCUGAAGGAAGUUAAAGUCAUCGCUUUUGCUGAUCACGAGCUGGGUCCAAAUGAAAUUCAUUUGGUAGCCAGACAUAUCACCUCAUCUGUGGUCACAUAUUUCAAGAACUUUGAAACUAGAGCUUCCAUUGAGAAGAAAUCCAUUAUUUCUACAUUUUCAAGGAAAAAAUGUGAAUUGGAACAGCCUCUAAGAAGUAUAUAUAAUAAUUCUUCACUGAAUCAAUUUUGUGAAGAUCUCACUGAGUCUAUCAUUUGCCAUUUAACUUCAAGCAUUUCUGGUAACACCAAAGAUAGUAGAGAAAAAGAGAAAGCAUUGGAAAGCCAAAAUGCAGCAUUUAACAGGAUUAUUUCAAUUGAUUCUCAAAUGUUUGAGAGUAGGUCAAUUUCUAUUGGGGAACUUGCUUUAAGUAUCUCCGAAAUCAUCACUGAAAUCCUCUUUAACAGUAACAUUAUAGAGGUUGACAUUGCACAGCAAAUGUUUCCUUUAAAAACAAAGUACAUCUACUGCCCAGGAGUAGCUGCUGCUGACUUUGAUAAUCUCUUUCAGGAUCUUUUAACAGGAGUGAUUCAUGUAAUGUCCAAACAAAUAGGAAUAAACCAUCACCUUGAAAGCAAUGGAAGAAAAAAAUCAUUUUCCAUGCUUAGGAGAAAUAGCGUGCCCAUUGGCAAUGAAACAAAUACCAUGGAAAGACAGAAAGGAUCCAGAAAUUGGAAAUCGUCUACUUACCAAACAGAUAAUCUCCUUCAAAAAAAUAAAAUAAAUUAUCUGGCACGUAAGUUAGACAAUCUGGUUGGUAGUCUAAAAACGACUGAAUCCAAAGAAGUAGUCAAUAAAGUUUUUAAUAUUGUUUUAGAUUUAUUUUUACCAGAUGAAUAUCCAGGUGAGGCUAUGAAUUCUGAUAAAAAAGCAGGAACAUCAUUCUCAUCCUCAAAUGAUCAGCAAAGUAGUAGAGUACUUGGAAAUAACAUUGGCCUCACCCCCAAAUCAGUUUUUCUUCUCAAUGUCGUGUGUGAGAAACUUAUCAGAACACUUUUGGAAAAAUGCACAAGCACUGUUUUUCUUGAUAAUAGCCCUUUUUCUGAUGAAAUAUCAGCAGAAGAAUGUAAACUUUUAAAAAUACUGCAAAGUGUAGAAGAUCAAGAAUUUGUUUAUUGUAUGGGAGCAAUGGACUGUGAACAAUUUCAAGGAGAUUAUAUGUCAGACUUUUUGGAAGAUCUGGCAGAAAUGGAUCAAGAUUUAUUAUCAUCAGACUCGAUGCUUACUAUCAUUUCCCACAGCUUGGUUAAAUCAUUGAUGGACAAAUUAUGUCACAAUACACAACUCCCCCAAAGCCCACCUUUUGCAAACAAGCAUUUGAAGUACACGGGAAGAGAAAUACAAUCUAGCUUCAUAAAUGCACAAAGGCCAGAAUUAACAGAAUUCGGAAAAGGUAAAGCCUUUUCAGGAUUCAUGAGUUCUGAUAGUAAUGCCUUGACAGCAUCCUUGAAUAAUCUCAGUGGGGUUAGCCCCAAAAAGCAAGCACCAUUUGGCAAGGAAUAUUCGGUAAAUUCCACUUUUGUGUCAACUCUCAAAAGACAGGGAACAAAGUAUAUGGAUGCAGUACCCUUCCAUAAUAAGCUAUAUCCAGGAGAUAUAAAUACCAGUGUGUAUUCAGCCACAUUUUUGGAGGAGAUAAUUUCAGAACUGUUUUUUAAUCUCUCUACUUCACUGUGGGGAAAAAAUGAAAAUAUCACUGAGGGCCGGCUCAAUGAGGUGAAUACAUUAUUUGUCAACAAUGUAGUAAAUGAGUUUAAUAAUGCACAAGUCACUGUUUUACGGAAUGUUGAAGAAAGGCUGUGUUUUCCACCAAUCCAUAAAGAAACUAUUAGUAGAAUUGUUGACUCAGUUUAUUAUGAUGUUUUACAGCAAUAUAAAUUGAAAGUGACUUGUGAUGAUCUGGCAUGUGACAAUACCUCGAUAGCAGAACAAAUAACUAAUAGCAUAUUGUUAGAGAUUAUAGACUACCAACUCCCAUCUUGCUUCAGAACAAAGCUCGUACCAAAUUCAUAUUACCCUCUACAAGCUGAAAUUAUAUUGCAGAAAGUUCAAAAUAACUUGAGAAAAUUUACUUCCCAGACCAGGUCUUCAACAGGCUAUAGCACCAUGUUGUCUCAUUCAUUUUUAGAAGACAUCAUCAGAAGACUUUUAUAUCAACUGAUUCCUUCACCCAAAAAGACCUCCUCUUUGGGAAGCAAAUAUUUCAUGAGUUCAGAUUUCAAUGAAAUGUCUACCUGUAUAAUAAAUAAGGUUAUAUCAGCCAUUUCAAAACAUAAAAUUUGGUUCACUAUAUGUGAUAAUCAAUAUCUAUGUACUGGAAAAAACCUUCAGAAGAUGGUGGAUACUGUUUAUCAUAAUAUUAUGCAAAUGUCUGAUUCUCUUGUUUCAAUACAGAAAAGUAUAGUCAGCCGAAGCCCAAUUAUGAUUGACAGAAUAGCCAGUUUUAUUAUCCAAGAGAUUAUUGAAAAUCAUCUUCAACCAUUUUUGUGUGGAGAAGGUUUACCUUGUCCAAAUACUCCAUUGGAUGCAAUAUCAAAUAUGGUUAAACAGAUUCUCAAUGAAGUCAUAGAGUCUUACAAACCCCACACACCAUCACCCUCAGGUAUUUAUCCUGAUACAUUUGUAGGGGCAAUUGUUGCCAGACUUUUAUCAAAGAUUUUUAGUCCAAAGCAUAACACUGAAAUUGAACUAGAAACUAUGACCCAAAAAAUAGUAAGCUCAAUAAAUAACCAUUUUAACAAAGCUAAAAUUCACCUUCUAUAUGAUGACAAAGAACCUUACACCUUUGCAGAUACAGAUAUUGUGGAUGAGCUCGUUAGCUCGAUUUAUACAAAUGUUUUAAAACAACAUGAGUUAGACCCUAAGGUUGAUAAACAGUCUAAAGACAGUGAUAUUUUUGUAGAAAAUAUUACAAAUUUAAUUUUAGCAGCUAUUUCAGAUUACCUUCUUCAUCCUCUAUUUUCUGGGGAUGUGUCAUCAUCUUCCUCUUCAAUUUCAAUGGUUGAGAAUAUUGUUCAGGAUGUUCUUAGUAACAUCAGUAAAUCUAACAAGUCAAGUCAGAAUUUAUCUCCAUAUAACACCUUGCUGCCAUACACAUUUUUGGAAGACAUGAUAAGAGUGCUAUUAUCUAGAAUCUUUCCUUCUACACCUAGCAUUGUUCCAGACAGAGACACUCCAAAUUACAGAUCAAGAAUGAAUUUCAAUGAAAUUGCUUCAAAGAUAAUCAGUGAUAUUAGGACGAAAAUUUCCCAACAUGAAAUUCGAUUUUCAAAAAAUGAAGAAACCAAGUCUGUUUAUUCAGAAGAUGAUGUUCAGCACCUUGUUGACUCAGUAGUCAAAAAUAUUUCACAAAACUCUGAGUCUCAAGAAUUAGCUGAGCAAAAUAUCACAAGCAGUAAUGAUGUUCUUAUUGAUAGAAUAGCAGGUUUUAUCAUUAAACAUAUCUGUCAACAACAUCUUCAGCCAUUUGUGGAUGGAAAGUUAUUACCUUCUUCAUCAUAUACAUAUUUUGAUGAUGAAAGAAAACAGUGGUUUUAUGCCAGUGUUUAUUCCUCAACUUUCUUGGAAGAUGUAGUCUGUGGGGUUUUAAGCAAAAUAUUCCACAGGGUGUUAGGCAUUGUACAAACAAAAUCAGUAAGAGAUUCAGAAGAAGAACUGUUUGAUAAAGCUGAAAAACUCAUUCAUUUGAUAGCAGAGGAAUUCUCAAAAGUUGAAGUUAGCAUUCUAGAGAAUGCUGAGGAAGAAUUGUGUUUGCCUCCAGUAAAGAGAGAUGUAGUCAGGAACAUUAUUGACACAGCAUACAGCAAAGUUCUGCAAGAAUAUGAAAUGGAAAUAAUGCCUGGAAAUUAUAAAGAUUUUCUAAAUGACACAAAAACAUUGGCAUCAAGGAUAACUAAAAUCAUCCUUGCUGAAACUUUUGAUUUCCAAAUUCAUCCAAACCUCAUAGGAAAGUUUCCUUUUAAGUUACACUCCAAACUCAAUACUAAUGUUUUAAUAAAAAGAGUUCAGUGUAGUAUUACCAAAUCAAGAUAUCAAAGGCAGGCAUCAACAAUAUAUACUACCAUGUUAUCACAUACUCAUUUGGAAAAAAUUGUCACUCAGCUUAUAUCUCAGGUGACUCCACUGGCCUCCAGGACAGAACACCCAGAUACCUCUCAAUCAGACUUAAGUAAUACAGUCAUAAAACUAAUAAAUGAAAUUAUUUCAAUAAUUUCAAAGCAUGCAAUAUGCAUUAUUAAACAUGGGAAUGAAAAACAAAGUAUGAUUUCAGAAAAAGAUAUCCAGUCUAUGGUUGAUUCCAUUUAUGCUGAUCUUUCACAUUCAAAUCUGUAUCAAUCUCUUAAAAGAGAUAAAAAAGGAAUAAGUAACUUACCUGUUUCAAAAAUAGCAAGUUUUAUAAUAAAAGAAAUCUUUAACCACCAUCUUCAGUCAUUUUCAUCUGGAGAUAAAACUCUUAUUUCAGCUGCAGUUGAUCAAACUUAUAAACAGAAAGCAACAGAUCCUAAACAAAGAGAGUUGUCUUUCAUUGUGAACUCGGCUGUGUUUUUGGAGGAGGUAAUUUCUGAGCUUUUAUGUAAACUCCUUUAUGCAUUCUCACACAAUUUCUUGGUUGCUGAAAACCCAGAUACAGUAAAAGUCAAAAUUACUGGUAUUGUUACAACAUUAGUAAAUUCGAUUGUUUUGGAGCUUACCACAUCUGAGAUUCUAGUUGCAGAUAACUUUGAUGAUGAUAUGUGUUUUUUAGAAAGAUAUAAAGAAAUUGUUAAAAAAACAGUCAACCUCAUUUAUGAAAAAAUUUUAGAUGAAUAUAAAUCUCUGAUUCAAGUAUACAGGGCUAUACAAAGUGACACUAUUGGUUUUGGAAGAAAAAUAUAUCAUUUGCUAUUGGAGGAAAUUUAUGAUUAUCAAGUGCAGUCAUUAGUUUCAGGAGAAUUAGUGGCUUCUUCCUAUUCUUGCCCUCAAGCUGAUAAUAUCAUCACAAAUGUGCUCAAUGUCAUCACAAAGGAUAGCCAUACUUUGCCUUCAUGUAUUACUGUGCUGCCUCGUUCUCUUUUGGAAGAUAUUAUAUACAAGCUGCUAGUGCAUAUCUUCCCUUCAACUGACACUGAAAGUGAACUUAAAGAGAAAGAAGUUGCAUCCGAUUGUGAGUUUGUAGAUGCAACGUCAAAACUGACCAAUGAAAUUAUCAAAGAAAUUUCUGAACAUGAGAUCCGCCUUGCCAUAGCAGAGGAAAAUGCAGAAAAUAUACAAUUAGAAGUGAUUGAGAAUUUGGUUGACUCUAUAUGUAAUAAUAUUUUGAAGAAAUCGGAAUUUCAAUCUGAAGUACAGAAAGGCACAGACAAAAAAGGAGGCUCAUUUCUCAGUAAAAUAGCUGGAUUCAUCAUGAAAGAAAUUGUAGAUCAUCAUCUGCAGCCAUUUUUACAUGGUGAAGAAUCAUCUUCCAGUGACUUAUCUGAUUAUGAGCACAUGUCUGUACUUAGCAAACCUGGUAAAGAAAAAACACGGCCUGCUCUUUAUUCAGCUACAUUUUUGGAAGAUGUAAUUGUUGAGCUUGUUCGUAAAUUUUAUUCUCUUCCAAGUAUUAAUGAAGAUUCUAAGAAAAAAGAAAUGGUAGAGCCAGACCUUAUCGGCUUAGCUAUAAAAUUUGCAAACUCUCUGAUAGGAGAAUUUAGGAAAAGUGAAAUUAAAGUUCUACCAAAUGCCGAGGAAAUGCUUUCUUUUCCACCAAUUGAUAAAGAAACAGUUGACAAAAUAUCCAAUUUUGUGUAUGAUCAGUUCAUAGGAAAGUAUGGAUCUAAUGAUAUUCAGAAGGAUGGGAAAAGUAACAUUGUAAUAGAAAUGAUUGCUGCUUUAGCUCAGAAGGCAAUCUCUGCUUUCAAGAUUCAACCACUUUUUUCAGGAGACUGGUCUUCCAUCUUCUUUUCAUUUCUAAAUCCAGAUAACAUCACCGAAAGGGUUCAGCAUCUACCACAGCAAACCUCUACACAGAUAAGCAAAUGUUCAAAAGGGAAUGAACUUGCUUUACCAAAACAAUCAUAUAAACACACUUCUGCAAUUAUAGACCAGAAAACUGUGUUGGACACUUCGGAAAUAGACAGAGGUGCAAAAAGUAGAAAGAAAGGUUUCAAAACUGAAGAGACCUCAAUGAAAAAAGGUGACAUCCAAGAUCCAAUAGUUCCCUCUGCAACUAGAAUUAUGAAAAGUGACAUGGUUAACCUGUUAUCAGGUUCAGCUGCAAGUGUGACAAACAAAAAGAAAGAGACAGAAAAUAAAAUGGAAACUUCAAUUAAAAAAUAUGAGAACUUAUCAAGAGCUACUUUUACAACUACGAGUGUGAAAAGUAAAGUUAUGCAGGAGCCAGAUUUGAGGGUAACUCUAAAAAAUGAUGACAUUGAGAAGAAAAAUAUACCAGUUUCAAAACACAAGAAAAGACAAUAUAAUAAUAUAAACACAAAAUUUCCAGUAACUACUGAUGAUAAAGAAUCUGAGGAGGAAAUACUUGGACCAAAUUUUGAAAUAAACAUUGAAAAGAAGAUUGACAAAACAAGAGAAAAUACAUUUAAAAAAGAUGAUCAGUUAUCUUUGGCAUCUGAAGCAAGAAAUACAAGGACCACAACAGAGAAUACUUUGAAAACAGUUACCCAAAAGCCAAAUAAUGAGGAUGGAAAAGACUCUUCAUCUCAAACAGAUAUAAAUGAGGAACAAUACUCAGAUUAUGAGUAUGUUCAAAAUGUCACUGAAAACAUUUAUGAAAAUGUCUUAGAAAUACACACUUCUCCAGAAUCAUCAGAUGAUUCAAAACUACACAGUCUCCCAAAUGAUACAACAUUGCUUGUAAUUCAAGAAGUUGGUCAAGAUUUUACACAGUCUGUUUCAACAAAGGAUCCAUCCCUCUCAAUUAACAAAAGUCUCUCUGUCAAGGAGAGAGAGAGAAAGAAAGAAAUAGAGAAUGAGGGAGAGAGAGAGGAAGAAAGAAAGAGGGCGAGCGAGACAGGGAAGAAAACAGAAAAAGUAAAAAGUAAGGAGAUUAAAAAUGAACCCAGUAAAUCAGACAGUCCUCAGUACCCAUCAAAAACUAAGCCUGGAGUUGUUCCUGCUAAAUUUUUAGAAGAUAUUAUCACUGACAUGGUUAACACAUUGAUCUUUUCUUCCUCAUCAGAAACACAGACAUGUGAUAGAUGUCAAAAUGUAAGGGAUGAUGAAAAUCAAGCCGAACUUUAUGACACAGCUGUGAAACUUAUGCACUCACUGUUAAAGGAAUUUUCAGAUGCUCAAAUUAAGGUAUUUAGGCCACAUAAAGGAAAUCAGUUUUUUCCACCUGUAGAUAAAGUGUCAUCAGUUCCUAAAACACCUCUUCAGCAAAAAGAAUCAACUACAGAUGAAACCGCAUCCAACGUUAAGAAAAUAACAGUGGAUAGAAUGCCACAUAUGCACGAAAUGACUAGAAAACCUUCAUCAAAUAAGAUAUCUUUCUUAGAGAAAAUACGAGCAAUUGAUAAAGCAUUGGUCAACAAAGUUGUUCAUUCUUCUGUAUGUAAUAUUUUGAAGGAAUUUGGAUCUCAAGAUUCCAUUUGUAAAAAUAUAAAGAGUAAUGGGGAAAAUUUAGCAAGAAGACUAAGCAGUGCAGUGAUAAAUGAAAUUUUUCAACAUCAGCUUAAUUUCAUACAUUGUGAUGAGGUUCCAGCUUCAGCAUGUUUGCCUCUGGAAUUUAAAGAUAUUGUUAAAAAGGUCCGAAAAGUGGCACAAACAGCCAGCAAAGAAUGUCAAACAUCAUCACCAUAUACCAUCAAGCUGCCUCACAAAUUUUUGGAAAAUGUGAUUUCUGCUCUUUUAUCCAAAAUUUUCUUAACAGUAUCCAACACUGAAGUAGAAACGUCUGAGUACAAUGGUUUCACAGAAUUGGAUUUCCUUCAAAUGAAGUUAUUAAGUACAGUUACAACAGCAAUCUCCAAUGAUAAAGAUAUAACUAUACAAUAUGUGGAAUCUCUACAUCCAAAUGAUGAUGAAAUUAUUCAAUUAGUGAUUCAUUCCAUUUAUAAUAAUCUCUUGUCACAGUUUGGAUCACAAGAGAUAAUACAAAACUGUGUAGCCAGUGGAUGUAGAAUUCUUUCGGAAACCAUCGUUGACUUAGUUCUGCGAGAAGUGGCUGGCAAUCAAUUGCAAAACUAUUUUUCUGGAGAGCUAACUCCACAUCAGUGUGCAGAAGUUGAUAGUGUUGUUGAAAAUAUUCUUAAAGAUGUUAUCCAAACUGCUGAUGCUGCCCAGCCUCAACCAUCACGUGUUCAUAUACUGCCUUAUAACAUAAUAGAAGAAAUUGCUGUAAAGUUUUUAUCAAAGCUUUUAUCUGUGUUUCCAGAAAUGGAUAAGGAAAGAACCAAAUCUCUAGAAACUGACAUGCAAAAAUUAAGCUCAAAAAUACUAAAUUCAAUACAAGAAUUUAUCUCCAAAAGUAAGAUUAAACUUGUACCACCGGCCAAGGAAUUGCCUACUGUACCUUUAGCUAACAACGAAACUAUUGAAAGGGUAGUUAAUUCUGUUUAUGCCAGCAUUUUAAAGCACUCUGGCUCACACAGUUCUAUAUUUAAAGAUUUGAUGGGUAAGAGCAAUGUCCUCUCUGAUAUAAUAGGUUUUUUAAUGGUGAAGGAAAUUUCCAAUUCUGAAUUUCAACCUCAAGUAGAGGACAAAGCAUCAAGUUCAGAAUUAGUUCUGGAAGCUGUCAAAAUUAUGGAAAAAGUGGUCACAAUUGUUGAUGAAUUUAAGUCCCAGAAAAAGUCUUCAUCCAAAAAAGGGUUGAUGUUAGAUGCCAGGUUUUUAGAGGAAGCAUUGGCCUUGUUCUUGGCUAAAAUAGUAAGAUUGCCAAGUGCCUCAAGCAAAGAUGCAAAAAAUUUAUCAAAGCCCGAGUUAAAUAAAAUUGCAUCUCAACUGACAAAAUCAGUGACAGCUGAAAUUUCCCAAAGUAACAUUAAUCUUGUUGCUGCUGAUCCUGAGCAAUACUUUUUAAAUCCAGAAAGCAUAGAAAUGAUUUCUCAGGUUAUUGAUUCCAUUUACAGUAACGUACUGCAACAUUCCAGAAAUGAUAGUGAAGUCUACGAUGAUAUAAAAGAUACAAACACUGUUUUCCCUGAAAAAGUGGCUGGUUUAAUUAUUAAUGGAGUUUCACAGUUUCCAUUAGAUACAGUUAGCACAAAGAAUUCAAAUGCUAAUCUCUCUGGAAAUCUAGAUGUGAAUAGAAUUAUUCAAAAGGCACAAGAGCAUAUGACUAUUGAUACAGUCCCUGAGUUAGAGGACGAAGAGUCAUAUCAAGAUUCAAUUGAGAAUUUUCCAAUUAAAAUAGUUCCACAUGUUGGGAAGAAAGCAAUAAAAAUAGAUCCAAAAAUUAUCUCAGAACACUUAGCAGUACUUUCUGUAAAAACCCAACCUCUUGAGAAACUCAAGGUGGAGUGUUUGAGUAAAACUGGACAUAGCCUAACAGAACUGAGAAGAGCAUCAAUAAGCGGGAGAAGCUACCCCUUACUAAAAGCAUCUAACAUAGAAAAGAUACAGAAAGAAAGACGCAUCUCAUUGAAUAAGGUGGGACGACUGGAUGUAAAACCCUUCCAGGCUGUUUGCAGAAAUUCAUUUCAGAAUAUAAGAAAGCCUGAUAUCACCAAGGUAGAGCUUUUAAAAGAUGUUCGGACCAAAAAAGAUCUUAUCAUUCGGUUUGUAGCUCAUGAUAUUGAUCAAGAAGAUUCAGAAAGUACCAUAGAAGAGGAACUAAUGUCUGACGAUGAAGUUGUUUUAAGAGAGGUUGUAAAAGAAGAAUAUUUCAGAGAACAAUUUGAAGACCAAGUGAAAGAAGUCACGAAGCCAGUAGAAAGCAAAGUUGCUUCUCCCAAGCCGACACUAAGCACAAACAGCCUGAAAAAAAUAUUUUCUUUAAGCAAAUGUUGUCAAUCCACAUCCAGUGCAAAUAUUGAAAGUUCUGAAGCAACCUCAAAUCAGAAAAUAGUACCUAGGGAGAGAAAAGUUAAAAGAGCUACUGCUGAGCUUGACAUGUCCAGGUGCUCAACAACCAUGACUGAAACAGACUCUUGGAAGAAAAAGCCACAGAGUAAGAAAGAAAAAAGGACUAUUAGUACUGAACCAACACAUUACCUCAUACACAGAAUUAUGAGUUCAUCUUCAUAUAACCAAGAAGAUCUUAUUUCAUCUGCCAGUGAGACUGAAGAUUUUUCCUCAGAUACAAGUGCCAAAAGAAUAGAAGGAAAUUCUCAGGAGCAAAAGCUAGAAAAUUCAAACAGUAUGAAGUUUAUCACCAUCUUUGAAGGACACAAGAAUAUUACUGGAAGUGUAUACUCCUCAAAAGAAGUCAUUUCAGAAACUUCCAAGCCCAGUGUUUCCAUACAAGGAUCUAAAAUGCUGGCAAAGGUAUCUUCAGCUCUGUCAAAGGUGUUUUCUCGAAAUAACACCAAUAUUUCCAAAUCUUCCUCACCACCUCAGCGGGACGAGCACUGAAGCUUUUAUACCUGAUAGAACUAUGCUUACUUCCCUUAGAAAAUAAAGUGAUUGUUAAAGC